CUGCUCGAGAGGGAGUGAAAGAGUAGAGAGAAGGAAAAAAAGAAAAAAAAAGAAAAACUCCGGCGAGAACUCCGGUGGGAGAGGGGAGAGAGAAAAAAUCAUGCACGGUGGGGUGUAAUUUUUCUAACAUUUAUUUUUUUUCCCCCUAAAUCAUCAACCCAAAUCUUUUUUCCCCAAAAAAUUCGAAAAGAAUUAUGAGCCGAUUAGGGUUUAAAUCCGUGGUUUAUCAUGGUGAUGUUUAUCUCGGGGAGCUGGAAACAGUUCCGGUGAACGGUGUUAAUUUCCAGUUUCCCAACAAUGAGAUUCGGAUUCGCCACAUAACCCCAGUCAGCGAGAGAUGUCAUCCUCUGUCUGUGCUCCAGACGAUCUCAUAUGCCUCCGUUCGCUGCAAGCUCGAGCCCGGCUCUAAUGGCAGCUCCACCCCCGGUGGAGAGCAGUCGCUGCUCACCAAUCUCCACGCAACUUGCUUUUAUGAGCUGAAGACGGCUGUUGUGUUGCUCGGUAAUGAGGAGGUUCAUUUGGUUGCCAUGCCUAGCAAGCAGAAGAGAUUUCCGUGCUUUUGGUGUUAUUCUGUGCCAUGUGGUUUAUACAGUUCAUGUUUAUGGAUGUUGAACACGCGGUGUUUGGCAAUUGUGUUCGAUCUUGACGAGACUCUGAUUGUUGCUAACACAAUGAAGUCGUUUGAAGAUAGAAUUGAGGCUUUAAUGGGGUGGAUAGCACGUGAGACUGACCCUAUCCGGGAAUCUGGGAUGACAGCGGAGAUGAAGCGAUAUGUUGAGGACCGGGCAUUAUUGAAGCAGUAUGCAGAGACCAACUGUGUUGUGGAUGGUGGUAAAGUGUAUAAAGUUCAGCAGGAGGAAGUUCCUAUGCUAUCUGAUGGGAAUUACCGUGUUUUUCGGCCUGUAGUCAGAUUGCCGGAGAAAAACAUUGUUCUUACGCGUAUUAACCCUGAGAAUCGUGAUACCAGUGUGUUAGUGAGGUUACGACCUGCUUGGGAAGAUUUGAAAAAUUAUUUAACCGCGAAAGGCCGGAAGAGGUUUGAAGUAUUUGUUUGUACCAUGGCUGAAAGAGAUUAUGCACUAGAAAUGUGGAGGCUUCUUGAUCCAGAGGCACACUUGAUUAGCUCCAAGCAACUUCUGGACCGUGUUGUUUGUGUCAAACCAGGGGCCAGGAAAUCAUUGCUUAAUGUCUUCCAGAAUGGCAAUUGUCAUCCGAAAAUGGCGAUGGUGAUAGAUGACCGAUUAAAGGUUUGGGAAGAUAAAGAUCAGCCUCGUGUUCAUGUAGUUCCAGCAUUCACUCCAUAUUAUGCCCCUCAGGCUGAGAAUGCAAAUGCUGUACCUGUCCUUUGUGUGGCGAGAAAUGUGGCAUGCAACGUCAGAGGAGGUUUCUUCAAAGAGUUCGAUGAAAAUCUACUGCGAAAAAUACCAGAAAUCUUCUACGAAGAUGAAGUUGUGAACUUACCUUGUGCACCAGAUGUGAGCAACUUCUUGAUAUCAGAGGAUGCUAGUUUUGUGCCAAACGGAAAUCCGAAUGUCCCAAUUGCUGAGGGAGUUAAUGGACCUGAAGUUGCACAAAGACUGGAAGAGAAGAAUGUCACAAACCCUGCUGCUUCUCACCCAAUAGUUAAUAACUUUGAGUUAAAAUCCAAAAGCUUUAAGCCCCCUGUGGUACCUGUUGCAAGUGUUGCUGCUCCUGCAUCCACAAGAGUACCCUUAUCUUCUGAAAAACCUAGUUUGCUUGGUGAUCCAUCUCGAAGAGAUUCCAAGCUUUCAGCUUCAACUGAGCCACCUCUGUUAUCUAGAUUGCCUUGGCAGGCACCUCACCUGCAACCUCAAGGAGGCUGGUUAGUGGAAGAUGACCCUAAUAAAGGAAGUUUCAACGGACGAAGCCCGGGAAUUAUUCCGGAAAGUGAUCCCUUUGAUAGACAACGAGUUCGUCAGAAUUCACUCGGUCAUGGUACAUCGUCUGCAUUACCAGAAGAACCACCAAAUGCAUCUCUAGUAAAUAAUGAAGAGACCAACUCCCGGAAUGAUCAUCAGAAGCAGACUCCGUUGACAGGUAUAGAAACUCCGAUUUUUGCAUAUAUCCCUGCCUUUUGUUGUCCUUGGCUGUCUAACAUGUCAUCCUUUCAUGAUGAAGAACUCAAGCCUGAAUGUGAUAAGACAAAUCUGUUGCCAUCUUUGUCCAUCAGCGUGCUCCAAGAGAUUGGGAGGAGAUGCAGGUCAAAGGUUGAAUUUAGGCCUGUUGUCGGUACCAGUGAUGAUUUGCAGUUCUCAAUGGAGGUCUUCUUUACCGGUGAAAAAAUUGGUAUAGGAAUGGGCAAGACAAGAAAAGACGCCCAGCAGCAGGCUGCUGAGAAUGCACUUCGUUGCUUGGCAGAUGAUUAUCUCUCUUAUGUUACACCUCAUUCCAGAGCAGUGGAUAAUAAUAACUUUGAUAAAAGCUUUCUGGAGAAAGACAAUGGGUUUCUCUGGGACAAUAUCAAGCCUGGAUCAGAAGAACCACUAUUAUACGGGUUUGCAAUGAAUCACCAUCUUCUGCAAUUUUCGUGCUUGUGGUGGAAGUUGGAGCUCGGUGGCCUUGUUGAUCGAUCAGCUUCAGCAUCUUCCUUGGUUUUGAAGAUUCUCUUUCGGAGGUAA